AUGGCGCUUCUCCUAAGGACGUUGGCUCGCCAGGGCGUCUGUCUCUCCAGACCACAGUACAGUGUCCUCUACAGACAUGCUGCUCCAAUGGGAACCACGGCGAAGGAGGAGAUGAACAAGUUUUGGGCCAAAAACACGAGAUUAAACCGACCCAUGUCUCCCCACAUCACCAUCUACAAGUGGUCCGUCCCCAUGAUGAUGUCCAUCACACACAGAGGAACUGGGGUGGCACUUAGCGGAGCUAUCUCAGCUUUUGCUGUGGCAGCGCUGGUAUUACCAGGGAGCUACUCCCACUACUUGGACCUGAUCCACUCCCUGUCCGUCGGCCCCUAUCUCAUCGGGCUGGCCAAGUUCGGCAUCGCCUUCCCUGUAUCUUACCAUACUUACAACGGCAUCCGCCAUCUGUGGUGGGACAUCGGCAAGGGUUUCAAAAUCCCAGAGGUGUACCGCACCGGCUACACAGUCAUCAUUCUCUCCAUCAUCACUUCCAUCGCCGUGGCUUUCCUCUGAACAGAGAAGGAGUAGAGAGGGGAAUGUGCAGCGGUGGCAAUGUGGGAGUUUUGUUUAUAUGUUCUGUUCUGGCCUGUUGUAGGCCCCAACUCAAGAAAGUAAUAAAUAAAGGAUUAUAUUAUGUUGUACACAGUCAAAA